AUGCACUUGCCUACCUUUUUCACAACCGCCGUCACCCUUUUAACCCUUACGCCAAACUACGUCGUCGCAGUUGGCGACCAAUGCAUAAUCUCGCUUGUGCCAGACGGCGAAUCGUUUUCCAGGGAAGUUCAAAGAGGCAACCCAAACAGUCACAAGGACUUUACAUGGGGUAGAUAUAGCUUUAGUGUUCUCGUGAAGAAUGGUUGCGCGGGGGAAAAGGUGUCCGGGACUAUACCACCGGGGCAUUUUGUGACAGUGGCUCAUUCGGGUGCUAUGAUUCCUACUAAUGUUUUGAGAGAUGGUGACCCAAGUCCGCCAUCAGCAGUUUAUCCCCCACCAGCCCCUCAUCCAGAUGGGCGUGGGAUGCGACAUAGCUUGCAAUCACAAAGUAGGGUGAGAUGGAGAUAG